AUGGAUAGUAUGUUUACACGAAGUGCAACUAAACAUCCAUUGUUUGGACAGUUAGUUGAUCUUCCUGAAAAUCAAAUCCCAUCAUAUGACGACGUUAUUAAGGCGUUCUAUUAUAAUCAGAAAACAGUAUUAGAAAUAAGCUUGCAAGAAAGAUAUUCAAUUUUAGCAGACAGAGUGAAAAGUGUUUAUUCAAAAGCAAGUAUUCGUACAAUAGAAGUGAAUAGCACAAUCAUUAGGAUUAGAAGACUUAUGGAUAAAGUACAUACACUUGAAAAAUAUUCAGAUGCAAAAAGAACAUCAGACACGUUCACUGAGAAAUUGAAUUUUUUUAAGCAGUUAUUUGACAUUUGUACCUGCAAAUGCUUUGAUUCGGGCAUUAGAGAUAGGAACUUAUGUACGUGCCCACUGCCAAAUAAAAUUCCAUUGAUAGAGUGGGAUUUCUGGGUUGACCAGAAAACUGUUAGAAAUAUGAUAAUUGGUGGAGUAGACAAAGAAACGACAGCAACACUGGAAAAGAGACAAAAACGCAAAUUGAUGAAAUCAGUGUGGGAUGAAGCACAGUCAAAAGAGGUUGAAUAUGAAACUGAGGAAGAUAUUGAUGAGGAUGAGCGUAACACGUCUGAAAGUAAUUAUACAUCAGAAGAAGAGACAGUAUCAGUGCAGAACAGAAACAAGUACAAGGAAUUAUGUAAAGCAGUUGAUCGAUGCAAAAUUAGCAACAGAGAUACAUGUCUAAUUGUUAAUGCUGUUUUAAAAGACCUUAGUAUGUUGUCUUCAGCAACAAUUCUUGAUCUUUCAAAGCUACGUCGACAAAGGAAUUUCUGGAGAGAUACUCUGGUUGAAGAACAUAUGCAGAGCAAUAAGGAAUUGUGCUGUAUAGGCUUUGAUGGAAAACAAGACGUUACAUUAGUUGAGAGUUUUGGUUGUAGAAGAAGUAAAAAAGAACACUAUACUAUUGUCUCGUAUCCAGGAAACAUAUACAUCGAUCAUGUAGUUCCUGAAAGUAGUAAAGCUGCUGAUAUAACAAAAAAGUUAAUGUCAGUUAUUAUAGAGACAAACUCCGUAGAAAGCAUUCAAGGUGUUGUGUGUGAUGGCACAAAUAAUAAUACAGGUAAAAGCAACGGAAUCAUAAGAAAAUUGGAAGAGAACUUAGGUAGACCAUUACAGUGGUUGGUAUGCCUUCUACACUGUAACGAGCUGCCAUUUAGAAGGUUUUUGGCAGGCGUGGAUUUUGCUCGAAUUACAGGACCUUCCACAUCGACAGGUACAAUUAGCUCAGCUCUAGAAUAUGAUCCGAAUGAAUUGCCUGUCGUUAAUUAUUUGCCAAUUACUGGUAAGGUGACUGAUUGUGAUAAAGCUGUCAAGAAGGAUCUUAGCACAGACCAACUGUACUUUUUGAAAGCAUGUCUAGCAGUACAGCGUGGACGUCAGGCUUCUACAGAUAUUGAUUUCCUCAAGAAGAGUUUACUUGGAAAUAUAAGUCAUGCUCGAUGGUUGACGAAAGCCAACAGGAUUUUGCGUCUCUACAUGUCUAGAGAAGUGGCAUCUGAACCUCUCAGAAGAUUGUUUCAGGAACUUGAUGCAUUAGAUCAGGCUGUGGUUUGUCCUGUUCUCGAAAAUAACUGCUACUUUGCGCAUGCUGAAAACAUUUUCUUAGCUGCAGUUAGUGAUAGUGAUAUGGAAAUUCGUCGUUUUUCAGUAGAACAAAUAAUAAGAGCAAGAGAGAAGCAGACUAAUAGUAACAUACCGGUUCGCGUCUUUGAUAAGAAGGAUAUAACAUUAAAUCUGGCUGCAACAUCGUUCAUUAACAUGAUUGACUGGGACCAGAGUAAUGUUACGUCUCCUCCGAUGCUAUCACACCUUUCAAAUGAUCAACUUACUUACACACAUCCAAUACUACUGCCCGAUGUUCCAUGUCAUUCACAGGCAGUAGAGAGAACAAUUAAAGACGUUAGCGCUGCUAGCUGUAAAGUUUAUGGGAGAAAGUCCCGUCAUGGCAUGGUGUUACAGAGUAAGAAAUCCAGAUUAGAGAUACCAAAAAUAGACAGCAAGAAAGAUUUUAUUAACAGUUAG